AUGGCCGACACCAAGACCCAGGUCAUCCAAACAUACGAAGGGCACCCAACCUACUCUUGUUUGAAGUGCGCUGCUGUUAUCACACUACAAGAUGAACUUAUAAGUAAAGCCUUUUCAGGUCGGGAUGGACGGGGGUUUUUAAUGCAAUCAGCGGUGAACGUCAAGCUUGGACGAAGGGAGGACCGGUCGUUGUUGACGGGCGUGCACACGGUAGCUGACGUGUUUUGCCUAGGAUGUAAUGAACGGUUGGGAUGGUAUUAUCAUAAAGCUGCUGAUCAUAUGCAGAAGUAUAAGGAAGGGAAAUACCUCCUUGAGAGGGAGAAAUUGGUCAAGGAGAAUGCUUGGGUGUUGGAUGAGUAG